AUGCGUUUCGUGCUUGCAGCGUUCUUCACGGUGCUCGUGGCGGUUGCCUACUCCGGCGAGGUGGCGGAUUUAACUGACACCUUCACGGCGAAGCUGAUUGGCGCCAACGAGGUUCCCAAUAAUGACUCCGAAGCUGCCAGGAAGGCCGUGGGUGACAAGAGAGGCGUGGUGCAAAUGAAGCUCGACUUCUACAAGAAGGAGGGCAACCUGAUGUGGGUGGAGUACUCGGUGAAAGCUUCAAAGCUGGAGGGCGAGAUGCCGCCCACCAAGACGCACAUCCACCCGGGGAGGAAGGGGGAGAACAACCCCGUGCUGCUGGAGCUGCCAUGCAAGUACAAGAAGACUGGCGCCUCCGAGUGGCUGUGUGAGGGCGCCAUGUGGGAUACUGAGUGGCUCACGAAAGCAGAGGUGGCGAUUUUCACCAAGAUCUUUAAGCACCCCAACGCGCACUACGGAAACAUCCACACCAAGAAGUACCCUGAUGGUGCCGUGCGUGGCCAGUUCUCCAGGAAGUAA